GGGAGUUGGUAGAUAUGGAGGUGUUGGCUGCUACUCUGGAGCUCUCCAGGACCGUGCUGCUCCAGGACCCCUGCCAGCUAGCCUCCCAGGUUAUGGGCCGUCUGGGACAGAUAGUUGCUGAAGACCUCCCCGUGGCUCCAGGUGACCCACAGAAGUUUAGCUACCUGCAUGCCCUGCUGGCCCAGUGUGCCCGUUCCUCUCUGCCAGUCCUGGUGCCCUCCUACAGCUUUCUGGUGCCCCCAGGAGAGAUCCCACACACCCUGCUGGCAGGCCACACGUCCAUAGUAACGGCCCUGACCAGGGGACAGGGGGGUCUGGUGGCAGCCACCUGCGAUGGGGACGGCACCCUGAAGGUGUGGGACCUGGAGCUGGGGCGCGCCGUGAGGACUCUGGAGGGGGUGGGGGGCAUGGUGGGAGACUCCCUCACACUCUGUCUGGAGGACAGGGUACUGGUGGUUCGCAUGGGACAGAGUCUGCAGGUCAGAGAGGUGGAUUCUGGGAAAGUGAUCUACUCCGAGAGUGACUCUUUGGACGUUCCUGUGGUAACCACCGCCUGUGACGGACAGCUGCUGGUAGCCUUCUAUGAUGGAAGUCACCUGGUGAAGGUGUUCGACCUGGUCUCGUCCUGCUCUCUACUGUGCUGUGUCAACAUUACCCUGGACUGUGACCCCAUCCAUAAAGACCAUUCCGUACUGGUCUCCCACAACUCCAUCAAAGACUAUGUGCUUUUCGCCUACAGGUCUGGAGGUCAGGCAGCAGUGCUUAGUGCCAGAGGAGGGGCUGUGUUGUCUGUCCUCAGAGCCCAGCAUGGUGCUGCCUCCAUACAAGCAGUGGAGAUGACCAAUCAGUACCUACUGCUCUUCUGCAGGUACCCUUACAAGCGGGACAGUGAGAUCAUUCAUAUUGAGCUGUACAGCACAGCCAGUUUCAAGUACCAGCGCUCCAUCCUGGGCUGCAGCCAGGACUACAUCUCCCAGGUCACCGUCAACCGGAUGGGGACGCACGCAGUGGCCUUCUGUCCCUCCCCCCGCACCGGCAUCACUCAGGUCGUGACAUGGAACCUGGAGACAGAGGACCACAAACACAUCGCCCGCUUCCCCGGGAUACUGACUGCAGGUGUGUGCUUGGAACUGCGGUUCUGUGUGGGGGUGUGCAGUGGGGAGAGGUACCCAAGGCUGUGGGACCUGUCCUCCAGGGUCAACGACCAGACCCUCACCUACAAUGUCCACAAGGUGAAGAGGGACGGCACAGAAGAGGUCAUUCUCAUGGGGAAACACCCACGCUACGCGGUGUGUAGGUCCAUACGGCCUGGCACGGUACGGGUCUGGAACCUGGCCAGAUCAAGGUUCACAGGUCGACCUGUCAGAGUGGAGCACGGUCUCUAUGGCAACACCGACGUGGCCUUGGCCCACGACCUGAAGCUGUACAUCCUGACAGACAGAGGGACGGCCACCUUCACAGACACCCCCUCACCCAUAUUCCAGACUCUACUGGUCUAUGACCUGAUCAAGAGAAGCUACGUGAGGAGACAGUCAGGUCUCUACAUCGUCCCCUGUCCCAAACACGAGUACAGGCUUCUGAAGGGACAGCUACUCCUGGGUUUGUCUGAGACGAGGAACCAUCUGAUUUUGUGGGACUGGAGUCUGGGUUUAUCAAAGGAGGAUGAAAGCAACCCACACAGAUUCUCUCCUGUCCAGCAGCACCGUCAGAGACAGACAGUCCCAGAUACCACCAAAUGAGACCACAGCUCUAGUGAUGCCCUGGGACAGACGGACAGAGAGCCACUCUGCUAAGUGUAGGAGGCUGGAGAAGGAGGAUCAGAGGGAGGAGGAGGAGCAGCGCAGUCUAGACAGGGAGAAAUACAACUCCAUAGACCAGUACCUUCUCAGUGGGGACCAACAGGUGGUGGUGUGUUCCUAUUUCUCCCACACCUCAACGUUUUCAGCGUGGGGUCCCAGGAACACCUCACACCCUGGAGGACAGGACGUCCCUGCUGAUCCUCCACACCGCCGCCCUCACCACCCGGGGGACACCUGGUGCUGGCCAACUACACCCAAGCUCAGCACAUCCCUACCUCACCCUCUGGGACCUUCAGAAAGGCACGGUGAGGAAAAGAUUGAAGAACGAGCCAGGAGUCUGUUGUGUGGCAAUCACAGAUGAUGCCAGCAGAGUCGCCUUUGGGGUCAACGGAUGUAACAAGCUUAAAGUGUGGGAUCCCUUCAGGAGGAAUCACAAGACUAUCUCUGGCUACGCCAGCCUGAGGCUAGGAGGGUCCAACCAGCUUUAUAUCACCGAGGGAGGAGCCAAAGCCAUUCUACUAGCAGGUGAGCUGAGCGUAUGGGACCUGGAGGCCUGCAACGUCCUGUCUGUCCUUUCCCCCGAUGCCCACAUCCAGUGUCUGACCCUCCUUGGAGGAGACAACAGUAGCACCCUACUGUUGGGCCUUAGCCACAGCCCCGCCCUCAUCGCCGUCAGGCUGACGUCACAAUCACAGGGGGUCGCCGUGGCAACCAGCUCCAGGGGCGAAGACGUGUUCUCGGAGUCCAGUAGUAGCGAGGACGAAGACGAAGACGAAAAGGACAGUCAGACACAUGUAGGACUGGAGUAGAGUUUGUUCAGGAACUUCAUAUCACGUUAUGAGUAUUUGGAAAUAUCCUGACUUACUGAGACACCAGUCUUCGAACAGGAUGACCUGAUACGUAGAAGAAGGAAUGUGUAUAUAUAUAUA